AUGAGUGCCGAAGUGGUUAAAUCAUCUUCUAACUCCAUUCAUAGUGAGAAAGACAAAGCAGUUGAAGUUAUCACCCAUGUCAAGUCUAUUGAGGCUUUGACUGAUGAUAAAAUCCAAAUCAAUGGGAAAGUUAUUAAAUUAGAUGGUGGAGAUCAAAUUAUGAAACUUGGUCUUGCUGAUGAUGACGAAAUUGAAUUAACUCCAGAAGUCGAAAAACGGUUAAGACGUAAAUCUGAUAUGUACCUUUUACCUAUCAUGUUGACAUUAUACUGUCUUCAAUUCAUGGAUAAAUUGAGUAACUCUUUCAGUUCCAUCUUGGGAUUAAGAGCUGAAUUGAACAUGAAUGGACAAAUUUAUUCUUGGACAGGGUCCGCUUUCUAUCUUGGAUAUCUUUUUGCUGAGUUCUUCAUGAGUUAUGCUUUACAAAAAUUACCAUUAGCUAAGACCUUAAGUGGGUUAGUUAUUGUUUGGGGAGUGAUUUUAGCUUUACAUUCUGUUGCCAAUACUAAUGGAUUCUUAGCCUUAAGAGUACUCUUGGGGAUGUUUGAAAGUUCUAUCACCCCAGGGUUUAGUAUGAUCACCAGACAAUGGUAUCGUAAAGAAGAGACAUUUUUCAGAACAUCUAUUUGGUUCAGUGGUAAUGGGGUAGGGAUUAUUUUAGGUUCUCUUAUGGCUUAUGGGAUUGAUAUUCAUAGAGAUUCCAUGUCUAUUGAACCUUGGAAAUUAGUUUUCAUCAUUUCUGGGGUUUUAACUAUUGCCUUUGGUAUAGUGAUGUUCUUCCAUUUACCUGACUCCCCAGCUCAAGCUUGGUUUUUGACUGAUCUUGAAAAGAAGUUGAUUGUUCAAAGAAUCAAAGGUAAUCAUCAAGGGUUUGGUAAUCACCAUAUUAAGAAAGAACAAGUAAUUGAAGCUUUAACUGAUUAUAGAAGUUGGAUUAUUUUCGCUUCAACUUUCGUAGGUUCCAUCCCUAACGGAGGUCUUACUAACUUUGGAUCUAUCUUAAUGAAUGAAACUUUUGGUUACUCGGUUCAACAGUCAUUGUUAUUACAAACUAUUGGAGGUGCAGUGGAAUUUGUUGGUCUUAUUUUCAUCGCUUCUUUCAGUGUUUAUAUCAAAUCCAGAUUCUUAUGGGCUUUUGUGGGUCAAUGUAUUGCUGUCACCGGUAUGUUCUUAUUGUGUUUUGCCGAAGAUAAAACCGUUAGAUUUGCUGGUAAUUGUUUAAUCUCAGUUUCUCCAUUAUCGUUCAUUGUCAUGUUAUCAACCGUUCAAACCAACAUCUUAGGUUCAACCAAACAAUCAACGGUUUUCAUCAUGUUAUUGGUAGGUUACUGUAUUGGAAAUUUGGCCGGAUCCCAAACUUUCUUAGCUACUGAAGCCCCAGUUUAUAGAACUGCUCUUAAUUCAAUUGCUGCUUGUGCAGCACUUUCCCUUGUUCUUUUGGUGGCUUUAUGGGCAUCUUAUGCUUGGGAGAAUAAGAAAAGAGAUAAGAGAGGUGAUAAGUUAGAGGUGGAAAAUGUCGAGUUCUUGGAUUUGACCGAUAAACAGAAUUUGAAUUUUAGAUAUUCUUACUAA